UUAAGCACUUCUGCACGUUCAGCGCCAAGGAGACUCUCCAAGAGUUCCAGCUUCUUCUGUUUCUCUCGGGAGCAGAGUCGACCUCUGCAUACAACCCAAGGAAAAUGGCAGGUAUCAUUGCUGCCAGUGUGGUCACUGGAGCGAUCGCAGUAGGGUCCGUGCCCGUGGUCCUAGGUGUCCUGGGCUUCACCGGAGCCGGCAUCACCGCUGGAUCCCUGGCAGCCGGAAUGAUGUCCACUGCGGCUACUGCCAAUGGGGGCGCUGUGGCCGCGGGCAGCCUGGUGGCCAUUCUGCAGUCAGUGGGGGCCGCUGGACUGUCCUUGUCAUCCAGUCUCAUGUUGGGAAGUGCUGUUGGGUCUGGUGUUGGGGCCGGAUUGUUACUUCUGUAAGCAAACACCUUUCCUCUCUCGGCGAUGGACUCAGGGCGAAAGCAGCUCUUCUACCCUGGAGGUCUACACUUCUGGUCCUCAGAAGGGUACUGCCCACAGGGACAAUUGCAGUACCCCCCCGCCCCCCCUCCAACACAUUGUUCAAACCUGAGAAAUAAAGGUGAACUGCAGUCAC